UGCUGGGCGCCGGCAGGCAGGUGGAGGGGCAGCAACAAGUCCGCCGGCGGCGGGGAGGAGAGCGGGAGGCGGAGGGGGGGCGAUUCCCGCCCCGCGCCUGAAAACCUCUCUGACAAGUGGCAAACCGCUAGCAGAGCACGCUGCUCCUCCGGAGGGCGGGUGGAAGCCGCGGGGGCUCACCCCGCACCCAGCCCUGCUGCCGGUUUUUGGCUCCUCGCCACCUCCCCCCCUCCCGCCGCCGCCCCCGCUGCGGGGGUGAGUCGCGACCCGCUGCCGGGCGGGGUGCGGUGCGGACUGCGGUGCGCGCUGCCUCUCAGCCUUGAAAGUGUGUGAGCCCCUCGCGGGCUCUUCUACUUACCGCAUUUUUUAUAUAAUUUUUUUUUGUUAUUUAUUUUCUCGUACUUUUUUGCCAUUAUUUUUGUUGCCGUUGUUUGUAAACUAAUUGCCUCUAUGGGGGGCGGAGGGAAGGAAAUCAAAGCUGUCGCAGCUGAAGGGUGUGCGAGCACGCUGGGGAAGAGCCGAGGAGCCGCAGGACGGGAUGGCAGCGGGAAGCCCGGCGGCAGCGGGAAGCCCGGCCUGGGGAAGCCUGGCUGCGGCGGGGAGCGCUGCCCGCGGCGGGCCGGGCCGCUCGGCUCGGCGCUGGCCGCGCUCCUCUCGGCGCUGGCCGCGGCCUCCUGCGUCUACCUGGGGGUGCGGACCAGCGACCUCCAGGCCAGGGUCGCGGCCAUCGAAGGCGCCCGAGGGAGCUUCUCUGCCGCCGCCCCGCUCCCGCCGCUGCCUGGCUUUUCCCUGGAGCAGCUGAACGCGAUGAUGCAGGAGAAAGUGGAGCGACUUCUCGCCCAGAAAUCCUACGAGCACUUGGCAAAAAUACGAGUAGCUAGAGAAGCGGCUCCAGAGUGCAACUGCCCACCAGGUCCUCCGGGGAAAAGAGGUAAGCGGGGAAGAAGAGGAGAGACAGGACCUCCUGGUCAGCCUGGUCCUCAAGGCCCUCCUGGUCCAAAAGGCGAGAAGGGAGAUCAAGGUGAUCAGGGCCCUCGGAUGGUGUUUCCUAAAAUCAAUCAUGGGUUUCUCUCUGCUGAUCAGCAGCUCAUUAAACGCCGCCUCAUUAAGGGGGACCAAGGACAAGCUGGACCCCCUGGACCUCCAGGGCCACCAGGACCCAGAGGUCCCCCAGGAGAUACCGGCAAAGACGGUCCUCGUGGGAUGCCUGGCUUAACGGGUGAGCCAGGGAAACCAGGAGAACAAGGAUUGACGGGACCUCAGGGGCCUCCAGGACAAAAGGGUUCCAUUGGAGUGCCUGGUGUUCCAGGUAGAGAUGGACAAGUGGGUGAACCUGGUUUGCCUGGCAUAGCAGGAGAGAAGGGAGCAGCGGGGCUUAAGGGUGACCCUGGAGAAAGAGGAGAAAAGGGGGACGCUGGAGAAAAUGGACUGAAGGGUGACACGGGAGAAAAGGGUGACCCUGGUUCUUCUGCUGCAGGAAUCAAGGGUGAACCUGGUGAAUCCGGACGGCCUGGACAAAAGGGUGAACCAGGUCUUCCUGGGCUUCCUGGACUCCCUGGAAUAAAGGGUGAACCAGGUUUCAUUGGUCCUCAAGGAGAACCUGGCUUGCCAGGGCUACCAGGAACAAAGGGUGACAGAGGAGAGGCGGGCCCUGUUGGGAAGGGUGAGCGAGGUGAGCCUGGAGUCCCUGGACCAAAGGGGAAAACAGGUGAACCUGGAUCUAGAGGCCCAAAAGGGUCAAAGGGUGAUACAGGUGACAGAGGUGACACAGGAUCUGCAGGUCCGCGGGGACCACCUGGACAGAAGGGUGAUCAAGGUGCGACAGAGAUAAUUGAUUAUAAUGGCAAUAUCCAUGAAGCUCUGCAGAGGAUUGCCACCCUGACUGUCACGGGACCACCAGGACCACCAGGACCCCAAGGGCUGCAAGGGCCAAAGGGUGAACCAGGAUCCCCAGGAACACCAGGAGCUGAUGGAGAGCAGGGUCUUAAGGGCUCAAAAGGAGAUACAGGUGAUCCUGGAAUGCCUGGAGAAAAGGGAGGAAUUGGACUGCCUGGCCUGCCAGGAGCCAAUGGUAUGAAAGGUGAAAAAGGAGAUGUUGGUUUCCCUGGUGCCCAAGGUCCUUCAAUGAUAGGACCACCUGGACCACCAGGGCCACAUGGUCCUCCAGGCCCUAUGGGACCUCAUGGACUUCCUGGCCCCAAGGGUAUAGAUGGCUCAGUUGGUCCCCAUGGCCCCGCAGGUCCUAAAGGAGACAGAGGUGAAAAGGGGACUGUAGGUGACCCUGGACCCAGAGGACCAUACGGCUUGCCUGGCAAAGAUGGCGAGCCUGGCCUUGACGGUUUCCCUGGUCCUCGAGGAGAAAAGGGUGAUAUAGGAGAAAAGGGAGAAAAGGGAUUCCGUGGAAUUAAGGGGGAAAAAGGGGAGCCAGGCCAACCUGGCCUGGAUGGGCUGGAUGCCCCUUGCCAAUUGGGUCCCGAUGGAUUACCAAUGCCUGGCUGUUGGCAAAAGUGAUGAAUCUAACCUUACAAGCAUGAAGUUGUGUAUAUAGCGCUCCACUUCUUUUAUUUAUAGUUGAAAACUGAAAAUUUGGUUUUACAAGUCUGAGAUAUGUUUACAUGUAGCUGCUUCUACUUGUUUGCAAUAGUCCAUACGUACUUUUUCACUUACAUCUGCAGUUAGGUGAUACUGCAGGGUAAACCUGCAAAGAUUGUCUCUCUAAUGAGAGAUAUCGAAACAACGAUCAAUAAUAGAAAUUAAUAUUUCUGUAAAUUCUUAUAUUUUGGCUUGUGGAUAUGCAUGGACAAUGAGUGCCAUGAACUAGUUUACAAGAAAUUGUGACCAAAUAAGAGCAAAAUUCUAUGAUAUGUACUGUACCAGCUGCCAUUGGAGUUUAUUGACUUGGUUUCCGUGUCCAUCUUAAAUACUUCACUGAUUCAUGACACCAUAUCUGCUUGUAUGAACUAAAAGCAUGAGUUCGUGUGCCAAACCUGCUUGUUGUGUGAUCACGUCACGCGCUAAAUGGCUGCUCACGGUGACCUUUGAUUCCAGCUUCUGAAUAAUUUCCUUUUGUCAUCUCAAGGGAGUCACACCAUGGCUCAUUGCUAAAAAGAGAUAAACCAGAGGAGCAUAGAAAGAGGCCUUGAAUUUUUGGGGAAUAGAGUUCCAGCUGCAGGUGGAUGGCUUCCAGUCUUGCGGGAUACUUGGCCCCUUUGACCAAAGAGGGUCGCGCCUGUUUAUCAGCAUCAGUUUGCCUUGCACUGCUCACGGUCGUGAAGAUAUUCACGAUAGGCCCUGUCGAGUCCUUAAUCAAGAAGGAAAGAAGUUUGAAGAAGAAACCAGACUUCUCUGUGGGUUGUUUGAAAAGGUUGCAGAGGUGCUGCAGGGAUCAUUUGAUGGCAGACACCGCCUGAGACCAGAAGCUUCUCAACCUUACUCAAGGAUGGACAGAGUAUGUGCUCUGCAUAUUGUAUUUUGGGACUGCUGGAGGAAAAAGCAUUCUUGAGGUGGGGAUGAAUUGGAUCAUCCUCCAGAGGAGGAUUAUAAUGGAACUGACCAUAGAUGUAUGUACCAUGGUGUGGUUUUCAGGUUAUUCACUUUAAAUUACACAAAACUAGCUGAACUUUUCUGCAGGAUUUUGGAAGCUGUGGUUAAUUUUGUUUCCUUUCCUGUAACUGUUGCCAUAAAGAAUGCAUUUCAAUGAUCUAUUCAACAUUUGUGAUGAUGGCAUUGAGGAAAAUACUUCAAGCCACAUACUCAUCUUGUUUCAGUAUUAACAGUUUCUAUUUCAAAGUCUUUGAAGCCUUUAAGUCUAGAAAAGAAAGAGUUUAUUUUUGUGUUUCACAGACUGAUUUGUUAAUCUUGUUCCUUUUAUGUUGUUACAGUGACUUUAGCGGACAUUAUUACUCAAAAAACAUUGGAGAGAAACAAUUCUGUGUAAUUACCACUGCACACUUGUUGCACUACACUGUUAUAGGUGUUAAUAUUUCUCCAUUUCUGUUCAGAUGACUAGCUUUCUAGAGAAACAUUGGUAAAUCUUUCCUUCUCCACUUUUUUUAUUGCUAGAAAUACAUAAUUCAUGCACAUUUUUAAUUUUGCCAUGAGGUAUUUUUUCCAGUUUUGAGUCUUCAUAUGGUGCACUGAAGUUAGUUUGAGGGACUGGUUUAUGAGAAAUGGUGCCAUAUUUGGCAGAUGGAAAUUCUUUUUAUAUCACUUCUGUUCCUAAUGUAUAUAGCAGGAUCAUCAAAAACUUUUUUAGUUACUUUUCUGAGAGUUGUCUUUCGUAUGUAGACCAAAACCGAAGUUGAGGAAGACAGCCUGUCUCCAUUCAUGUGUGGGCACCUUAUGCCCUUCUUGGAAUGCACAUUUUUCCUUGCUCCAUCAUUUCUAGAUCAUGUGUAGAUGGGAACCUUCUGUGGUCACGCUUUUUGUAUUGCUUCACAGUCUCAGAUCAGUGGAAAUGCCACUAUAAUGCAACCUUCCACUUUGAUGAAUCUUUACUGUCAUUUUGGUAUAUCGAAGUCAAACCUAGCAUUUCAUUGAGGAAAAACCAGAUUUUUAAAACUUAAAAAUUAAUUUGGCGGCCUACAACUAGUAGUAUCUUACUAAUAAAAACAAAAUUCUGACACUAUAUAGAUAUAUACACUGAAUACUUAUAUAUUUGCCGCUCAAUUCCAUCUUUCCAAUAGUAAGAAAUAAACAAGUGUUCACAGACAUAAGAUAAUAUGUUUUUCUUUUCCUGAAUUUUCAGAGAUGCAAAUAUUAACCUCUCUGAAUAGUCAUGAUUACAAUAGUAAAAGCCUUCACACAGCGUAGUCUGAAUAUAAAAUGUUAAUAAUCAGAGUGCUAUAGCAGUAAAUGCAAAUGAGGGCCUUUCAGAAAGAGGACAAGAGGAGCACCGUGUAAGUCCUCUGACUUGCCCCUUUUAGCCUGCUUGUUUAAGAAGCACUAUCUCAAAAAAACAACAGGCUGAGGAGCCAGCUGUCCACCUAACAGAGAAGAGUCUCUUAUGCCCAUAUCCUGACUUGGCACAUUUAGCUAGGUAUAUUGUAGAUGUGAAGACUAGAAUUUGAAUGUUUUUUUAAGAUAUCAAAUACUGGCAAUCAUAGAGUAAAAUUAAAUAUUUUUUAAAGGUCCUUCAGAGUAUAUACAUGCAAAAUCAAGUAGAAUGUUUAUUAUCUGGCUGAAUGUUUUAGCAACUGCAUAUUGAGAGUGUCCACAAACACAACUCAUUUAAGAAAUAGCAAAAAGAUAAAAAGCUAUUAAAUGCAUGCUGCCAUUAGCACUUUCUUUUUUUUUUUUAGUUUGUAUACCUAUAUUUUUAAACUGCCCUCAUAGCAUCCAUUUCUAUAUGCAUCAAUAAAGCUAGCAAAACCUUGGUUUAUGAUUUUGUCAUUCAGGAAAUAAUUAUAGACACUACUAUUAAGUGUUAGUCAAUACUCAACUCUUCUUUAACUCCCUGACACUGAGACCCUACUGAAGAAACAUUUAAGCAUCUUUGUUCACUUUUUUUUUUCUCUUGUAAAUUAAUCUAAUUUCUUUAUUAAAUUCCCUCGAGGUAUUUACUUUUUGUUUUUCCCAAGUAAUCUUACUUAACUUUUUCAGAUUUUUUAUUGUUCAGUAUCAUGAAAGGUUCAUUCAAUUUAAAUGACCAUGAAGGAACAGCAGAUAAACAACUUAAUUUGAAAGGUUAAACUACAUACAUAGAUUUGACAUUAAUAUUUGCAUCUCAGAUUGAAUUGAUGUGAAACUUAACCAUAUCUAGAAAAGUUGCAUGGUCAGUAAAAGUAAAAAAAAGAAUUGGGUUUAACAUUUCAUCAAGAAAAGCACCUUGUGAAGACUUUCAACAUGUUUAUUUUGUUUAAAAAGCAACUAUUUCUGGUGCUAAUAUAUCUUUUUCCUUAUGAUGGUAAAGCUAUAGUUUGAACCACCAAUGUGUUGUUAUAUCUUUUAGUAGCAUUCCUCCAAAUAGUUAUGAUUUGUUUAGUUUGUUACAGGAACAAUAGUUCCUCUGCCAGUCUUUUCAGUUGUAGAAAUGUGUAGUGGUAUUAGUCUACAUAUAUCCCUGACUUUUUCAGGUAUAAUUAAUUCUUGUUUCUUUGGGAGUUUUCAGUAUUUGUUUCAUACAAAGUUUUGUAAUCGCCUGUUACUCCAGUGCAUUAUAACCACAUUGUGCAGAAGUCCAGCUACAGAAGCCAGACUUCUUUUAAGCACUGUAUGGAAUAUGUCUGACAUACGUGGUCCUUGUUUUCAUAUUCAUAGAUUAGCUAUGGGGAAGCUUUCUUUCAGGAUGUUUUGGACACCUUUUUUUUUUCCUGAGUAAAGCAUGAAAUGUUAAAUCGCAGAGCAAUGAUACAAUGUUUUGGGUUUUGUGGGUUUUUUGAUUUAUAUUUUUAUUUAUUGCUGAUCUUGAUGUCAUAUUCUGAUAGUGUAGCAAAGCAGAAACUCUUCAUCCAGCUGUUUAUAUAUUCUUUUAGUCUACAGUGUAAGUAAUAUGAUUGAGUUUCAGAAUGAUCAAAUCCAUAUACCUGCACAUGUGUAACGUAUAGAGUUUAAAAAGGACUGAUGUACAGUGUGGAAACUUAGCAUUGGCUCCAUUGAGCAUUACCUCAUGGAAGGGGUGCAUGUGACCACCAGUUAAUUGGUUAUGCCAGCAAAAGAGACAAGCAACCCCAAAUGAGAUGAGCAGACCUUUGGUCCUUGUGGGAGGGUGGUGCUGUGUAAGGCUGGGGGCUGCGCCAGGAAACACACUUAGGUCCUGGAUCUGGUUGGAGUUUAGAGAGAGUUGUCCCACUGACUGCCCCAGAACUGGGUUUGUAAACCUGGGCUCAGCCAUGCAAGGCUUUUCUCUUGGCUGUGCUUCCCUAUCCUCAGCAAUGAGCUGUGGAGAGUGAUGCAACCUCCCCUUGCAAAGCUCUUUGAGGCAUGUAGAAGAAAGGACACAGGUAUUAUGCUUAGUAACAAGGGGAAUAUUAUCAACUUCAAGAGUGGGUUUUGCCUAAAUCAGGACCACUUCAGUAAGAAGUCCAGAGAUAUUUCCAGUCUACUGAAUGUGUUGAAGAUGUUCAAAGCAGGUAGAAGUUGACCUUUCCCUUCAAAUUUCCUGAUUUCUGCUGCUUGACCAUCUUGAAUUACAUUUUUAAAGCUCUGUAUUUUACCGAAUGAGAUUCCUAAAUUUUCACAUUAAAGACUCACCUAAAAUACUGAUAUCUGCAAAGAUACUGGUCAAAAUAAAGUAUAAUUUUUAGUCAUUGUAAAAAUUCUAUUUCAAUGACUGGAAUUAAAACUAACACCUAAUUUUUUAUUCUUUUUUUCCUUCCUGCAACUUGCUUUUGUGGAUGUGAAUGUUGUUGUAAUGUACAAAUGAAGGUUUUCUUACACCCUCUGUUAUUGAAGAAUUUUACAUGGUGGUUGGUUUCAUUAAAUGCUGUUAAAAACAAGUGCCUGCCACCAUCAUAUCUGAGAAAGAUACUCUACAGAACAAGUGGAGUUUUUAUUUUAAAAAGGGAUUUGGAGUGUUGCUUUUGUUUCGUUUUGUUUUUAAAUGCAUCUGAUUAUCAAUGCUGCUCACAAAUUGAAUUUUCUUUUUAAAGCAGGGGGCCUUAACCUGGGACCGUUAAUGUUUUACUUGUUUCUAUUUAAAAAAGAAAUUGUAUGAAUUUCCCAGAUCCCAUUGGUACUUGCACACUUCUCUGAAGUAUUAUGGAGAGUUGGGUUGGUGGGAGAAUGUUUUACAUAUUGUUAACAUAUAUGUGGAUAUUCUUAUAUUAUUGUACAUGUUUGGGAAAAUAUCACACAACUUUAAAAAUGUUGCUAAGAUGUAUGUAUCUGACUUUUUCCUUUGGAAAAUAUUAUAUAUUUUUAUUUGUAUUUUUUACUUUUUUAAGUUCAUCUAUAUGUGCCGUUAUUUUUGUAUUGCAAAUGGUCUCAUAAAUGAAGUAGAAGAGAUAAAAAUACAAAGAAAAGUAAUUUGGCAAGGAUUCCAAUGCUUGGGGGUAAAAACCACAUGGGUCAGCAUCAUAUUAUCAAUGCUAGAAAUAUUUUGAGUGUCUUAUCACUGUAAAUAUGUCACAAGACCUCUUUUGAGGAGUAGUAUAAAGAAUUGCAAGGUUUUAAUCACCCAUUUUAAUUUGAUAUUAAUUACCACUUUCUUGUGGCCUCUGGUCUUGACUUAAUUGAACCCAAUCAAACAGCAUGCUUUUGUUUUUAUUAUUAAAAUUUCUCCUUGUUUUUCAGUUGAAUAUUGUUUUGUUUUCUUUCAGUUUUGUACUUGAGGUUUUGUUUCUUGCUUGUGAGAAGUUGAUCUUCAGAAUUAUUUUUACACUAUUUAUGAUUUAUUUUCAUAAUGUAAAAAGUGUGUAAUUAUUAAAAUAUUAAUCCAACCA